AUGAUGUUCAAAGCCAGCGCCACCGCCCUCCUCCUCCUCCUCGCCAGCGAGACACUUGCCUCCCAGCAAGGGUUCCAGAGCCAAUUUCAGGGCGGCGUCAUCCCGCCCCCUGCCGCCGCUGCUGGUCCAAAGGUCGUCCCGGUGCCCCCCGUCGUCGAGGCUCCCGUUGCAAAGGGGCCGAAAGUGCCUGCGGAACUCUCAUCCUCUCUCGAGGUCGCGCCGACGCCGAUCCUCUCCACGCCAGCUGCCUCGGUCAGCACGACCGUCACCGAAUCACUCCCCACGGGGUCUAUCGAGCAGUCAGCCUCCCUGUCGUCCUCUAAGCUUACCGAAGCUGUCCUCGCGAGCACAAGUGUCCCAGAGGUUUCUAGCACUCUCGAGGUGUCCAGCUCCAUUGAGCUCUCCAGCGCCAUCGAGCUCUCCAGCGCCAUCGAGCUCUCCAGCGCCAUCGAGCUCUCCAGCGCCAUCGCGAUACCCAGUGUCAACGCGACUUCCAGUGCUUCGAAGGCUGAGGCAACCGAGCUUUCCACGUCUCAUAUUGUGGGAGCCGAUGCUACGAGCAGUCUCUUUCCCAACAGCACCACGCAUGUUGCAACGGCGACCGAAAGCUUAGCUCUCAGCUCAGCGCUUCCAGUUGUCAAUGGCACGGCUUCCGAGGAAGCCGCCCAAACCACCUCCAUCCCGAUUGCUGUCAACGGCACCUCGCUGUCCAGUGGCAUCAUCAGCGAAGCAACCCUGACCAGCGCAGCAUCAUCCGGUUCAAGUCUCCACGAAGCUCCAGACCGUUGCCGUUGUUUCGACCGAGACGCUAUCAUCAGGCAGCCCGUCAUCAUCAUUGUCCAGCAGGUUACCCUGUUCGUGUUCCAGUCCGGCCUUGGCGGCAUCUGUCCCGCCGUGCAGCCGGCUCCCGCGCCGCCUGCUGUUCCCGGACAGCCCGCCCCGGCCCCCGGCGCCGGCGGUUUUGUCGUGGGCGGCACCACAUUUGGCCAGUUCCAGGAGGCCUGUGUGGCUGCUUGUAACAUUCAGUUCACCCAAUGCCAGUCCAUCGUCGGUCCUGGCAUCCAGCUCACCCAGUGCCAGUCGCAGUUCAUCGCCUGCCAGGGCACCGCUGCCAACGCCAACGCCACUGCUACUGCUCCCACCACCAUCACCCAGACCGUGGUGCUGCCCGCCGAUCAGACCAACCCUCCGGAAGCCACGUCGCACAUCGUCGCAGGCGGUGGCCAGGUCAUCGCCACCUCGGCCCUGCCCUCCGGUGCUGUGGCCACGAUAGGCGAGAGCGGCGUGAGCAUCAUCACCGUCACCGCCACGCCCGCGCCUGCCGCUCCCGAACCGACGGCGCCGGUCGAGGCCGCAAAGCCUGUGCAGCCCGUGCAGGAGGCCGAGCCCAUUACCUCCAUCGUGACCAUCACCAUGGCGCCCAACCCCGCCCAGCCUGGCGUGCCCCAGAUCAGCACCGCCAUCGUCACCGUCCACCCGUCCCCCGUGCCCCUUGUCCCCGAGGGCGGCAACGGCCAGGCCGCUCAACCCCCUCACGUCCAGACCGGCGUCGUCACCAUCACCAUGGGCGGCCAGGUCGGCGUCAUCACCAUGACAGUCCACCCCUCGGCCGCGCCGACCGCCGCGGCGCCGACCUGCCCCGCGCCCGUCACCGUCACUGAGACCGCCUCCAACUGCGGCACGGCAGUCACCGUCACCGAGACUAUUGUCGCCACCGCCACGCCUGUGCCUGAGCAGGGCCGGCAGGAGGUCGAGCAGCCGAAGAAGUACAGGCCGUUCCGUCACAACUUUGUCGACCGCAGGCGCAGCACGCGCACGACGUGCGCAGGAACCACAGGCUUCUGUAGAGUGCGGUACUCGCGAAGCGUAGGUCCCGCUACUGUCGGGUCCGAUGCCAGUGGCGAUGAAGUUGUUGCUGUUACUGCUACUGUUGGAGACCCUUCUCGAGCAGUAUACCCAUACUCUUCAUGGCCUAUAGUAUUGAACGACAGACCAUAUACCAUCUCGCCCUGGGUCUCGACAGAGCUAGUUCCAGGACCGACUGCUACGUCUGGCGGGCUGAGGUUGAUGUUGAUAGCUCUGAUGCCCGGCACUGGAUUGCAUCGCAUUAUGAAUCAAACUGUGGGCCGUGUUGACAAAUUUUGCUGGGCUAAGUUCGGAUCUCUUUCUUGGCAGGGAGGUAGAUACGCUAUCUGCGCGGUAUUUAUGCCGUGUAUGCGAGAAGUGCCCAUAGGUGCGAUCACUUUUGCCUCCAAAUCCCUAUUUCUGCGGCUCAGUGGAACGACACUGGAGAGCAGCUUGAACAAUGAAUGGUUUUUGAUUUGCGAUACCAGCCCAGUCUUUCGUCUUCAACAGUCGGCGACGUCUAGCAUCGAAAUCUUGCUCUCGCUGCCUACGGCUCAGGGAACGGGUACCCUGGGGCGCGGUAUAUUUGUUGCGUAUAACCGGGGUCGUGUAUGCGGUGUCGAAAGCCCGCUGUGGUUGGAGCUCCCCUAG